UCACUCCAGUGCAUUAGCAGGCUGUUGCAGAUAGUUGUUAGAGGAAGUGUAUCAGUGUUUGAUCUAAGUCUGUGUGUACACACUUCUCCUCUGCACCACAGUUUUAGUUGCAGUCUGAAGCACAAACGAGAGUCUAAAGAAUCCUUAAUCAUAAAGAAAGCAUCUGUCUGAUUUAUCCCCGCCUGGCAGGCUCUAACGCCUACGAUCAUCCUGUGGUUAAUAUGGAUGUAAUGUGAUCGAGACGACUGGAAGAAAAACAGACUGUAGCUGUCCUGGACCUGCCUCCAUGUCUUCCCAUUUUAUCAUCACCUAUCGUCAUCUGCCCUCCACUUAAUUGUAGCUCCAUUCGUAUCACUUUCUGUCAAAUUUAAGUCUUCAUUUUCACUCAAUGCUCUUGCCAUUGUAACUCCAUCCAUCACAGGAUUGUCGAUAGCUGUGUGAAAAGCUGUAAUCACUUCCAAAUCGAGAACCUAUCAAACCUCUCCUCAAUUUCUUCUUAAUCGUCCUUCAAUAUCCUCAUCUAAAGUCUGUAGUCCCAUCCCAUCCCCUUCUCGGUCGGGCCCGGCCAGUUGAGAUCAGUAUGUGGUCCAACUUCUUCGUGCAGCAGGAUGAGGAGGGUCGUCACGGUGUGGCAGGGGCUGGACAAGGGGGAAUGGGUGGAAUGAAAGGAGGACGGGGACAGAGGCGACCCCCCAAGAUGAGCGACAGCCAGGAGGGGAAGAUCAAGCUGGCCUUCUUUGUCGCCAUCAUCGGUGUAACCCUGACAGUGUUGGGCAUGGGGACAGAGUUUUGGGCAGUGCUGGCCCAACCAAAGAAUUUCAGCGGCAACCAAACGUGUCAGAUGGCCCAUUACGGCCUUUGGAAGGGCUGCAUCCGCACACUAUGGGUGGCCGAUAUAGACCCAGAGAGGUUGAGCUGCGGCCCUGCUGAACUACCUGGAGAAUCCAACUGCACCUACUUCAAAUUCUUCACCUCUGGGGAGAAUGCAGUUAUAUUCAAGAAGACGACUAACAAGACCCUAAAUCUCGCAGCAGCUAUCUUGGCUCUUUUGAGUCUGACCAUGAUGGUCAUGGGCUCCAUCUGCAUCGCCAUGUCCCUGAGCAAAGGAGUGCAGUUCUUUCUUAAGCCGGCCUCCUUCUGUUUCAUCCUAUCAGGUGCCCUGGUCCUUCUCUCCAUCCUGAUAUUCCACCAGUCAGUGCUGGCCUUGUUGUCCAGUGACCACUCCAUACCUUUACACCAUGAACUGUCCUGGUCAGUGGCCUGCGUGGGCGCAGCGGGGGUCACUCUUAUUUUCGGAGGCGUCCUCUUCAUCAUCCUCUCUCUUCCUUUCAGCCCGUGGCAGAGAUGCUUCCCACACAAAAAUAGCAGCACCUAGCAUUUAAACACUGAGACAUACACUACACCACAAACAUACAUAGUUAAGUAGUUAAGUAUUUUUUUUUUUAAUGUUUUUGCUUAACAGUUAGUGAAGUGUAAAGAGAGUUUGUCCGAGGAGUCAUCAGAGGUCUUAAACGUUUGGAGGAAAAGUCCUUUGGUAGAAAACAGUUGGAAGAAAUGACAAUGCUACAACUGCCUGUGGUGUGUUUACUUCAGUUUACUACAAUUACUUUCAAGUUUAAGGAAUUCAUUUUUAUACUAUCUAACUUUUUCUAGGGGGCUUGAAACAUGAAAGCCUAUUUCUGCCUAGGAAAAAAAUAAAAAGUGAGUUAUACACUAUAGCAGUUUUUUUUUAAAUCAAUGGAAUGGAUGAAACUACGUGUUAGAAAUCACAGUUGAGGAAUUCAUCUGUUUUAUGACUUGACAAUGCCAUGACUAAAGGUUAGUUAGUGUGCUAGUUAAACUUCAAAUAUGCACACGUUAACAAAACACUGUGGUUUGUGACAGCUUUGGGGACCUUUGUUGUCAUUUCUACAAUAAGACACACAAGGAAAGUUUGACAAGAGACAGACAACUGGUUCAUUUUCAUAUUUGGUUGAGUCAUCCAUCCACUGCCACUGUAUUUGCUAUACUACAGGUUUUUGACACACUUUCAAAACUCUGACUCACUGUGUAUUUUCUUUUUUUUAUCAUUCACAACCUUUCAUGUGUUAUUUUUCUUCUCCUGGCACAAAUGAGAGUUCUUGUGCACUAUCAGGAUGUGUCAUCAUCAUCAUCAACAUGUUCACGAUAAUAUUAGUGUGAAUGAUGUCAUGCCAUGUCAUGUGUGCUACAUGUUGACUUAUCAAUCAAUAAUAUUCUAGCAGUCAGUCCUAGUGUUACCUGAUCAACAAGAGGCAUUGGUCAUUCAUAUUUAUUACCCACGUCUGUUGUACAAAUUAUUGGACGAAUGCUGCUUCAGUAAAUGAAUAUAAGGUGAAUUAAAUCAACUGUGAGAAGAAUUGUAUAUGGACUCACUUAAUAAGCUCAGAUCUGUAUAUAACAUAAAUGUGUCUAUUUUUGGUGAAUGGUCACCGUUUGUCGAGUUGUCAAUGUAUUUGCAAUAUGUACGCACUGUGUCACGCAGUAAGCUCAUUUCAUGCUAUUUUACAGAAUACACUGUGCUUGUUUCUAUUCAUACAUAUAUAUAUAUAUAUAUAUAUGUAUAUAUAAAUUCAGUAUAUGGUAUGACGUCUGCUUUUCAUUAAAGGGAUUUGACAUAAGA